AUGAAACCUUCUCGAAUAUUUCAGAAGAAGUUCCUGUGGACGUCAUCAGUGUUAUUGCUGUCGAUUGCGAGCGGUUCGAUCAUCGUUUUGAUUGCUUACCAUGCAUCACAGGAGAAAGAUUCAGCAACGAGUAGUGAUUAUGAAUACAAUGAUGGAAAACUACCACAAUUACGAUCGUAUACAUCCGGCAAAAAAUAUAGAUUUGAGCAUUCAGAUGAUGCCGGGUAUCUGAAUAUUUAUAUGCGUAAAAAUCCUGAUGAUAGACGAUAUCGUCCAGAGAAAGUUCGUUUUCCCGCUGCUCGUUUUGAUCGUCGACGACUUCCUGUCAACGGUCCAUUUUUCCAUUUUUUGCCACGAGUUCCAAUAUUUGCCGAUCGACGCACAAAACAGGCGCUCAUUUGGUCAACGUCCGGAGGCGUGUUUGGUCCAAAUAUUCCGAUACUUAGACCUCGACAAGGCGGCGUUCGUACAAAAUAUGAAUCUUUAUCAAUUCCUCGAGAUUACUACAGAUCAUCGAACCUACGUUCGAGAGUGGAUAUGGAUGAUGACGACGAUGCAUUAAUACGACAUCAAUACGAUAGAACCACGCGAAAAACUUCAACAUCAUCGAUUCCCAAUAAAAUUGGUCAAAUUCAGAAGAAAUUAAAAGAAGCUUUAACAAAUAUUGCGAACACAUUUCAACAAGGGAUAUGUGCUGAUAUGAUUUUAAAUGAAACUGUGCGUAAGAAAUAUAUCUCGAAAACCUUAACCGGGCGCGUCCAACCUGUUGGAACAUUUGACACAACACAAAUGGCUGUAGAAUAUUUAUAUGGUCUCCUAUGUGCUAUACCAAAUCUACCAGAAAGAACUAACUUAUACAAAACAGUGGAUAUCUUGGAAUUAACAUAUGAUCCAAAUUUUUAUCGAACUUCAGUCAAGUUUCAAGUUAAUUUAUUGACGGAAAUUUCAAAUUAUGUGGAUACGAAGCUGUCAUUCAGAACGUUGGUUUAA